AUGGGAAUAAAGGAUCUCAACAAGGUAAUUACGGAGAAUGCUUCAAAAGCGACUAAAGAAGCGGAAAUGAAGGCAUUCUUGGGCCGAAAGGUGGCUGUGGAUGCCUCCAUGAGUUUGUAUCAGUUUUUGAUUGCAAUUCGACAGGAUAACUCUCAACUUACUAAUGAGAAGGGUGAAACUACAUCGUAAGUUAGUUUUUUAUUUUGUUUUUUUGGUUUUUAGGGUUGAAAAAUGGAAGAAUGAAAGGAUAUUAUGGUAUCCAGGUAUAGACAACAGAAAGUUUGAUUUUGGUGAUGUUAAAGACCAAAAUAGCUAUGUUUUGGUGUUGAUAUAGUUUAAAAAAUAUAUUUCCUUACUUUUCGAACUAGAUAAUUAGCAUAGCAAGCUGUAAAACAUUUGACUUUGGCUGAUAUUGUAGUAGACAUCAAGCUGGUUGAUUAUUUAGCGAAAAAGAAAAAGUUUGGGUUCUUUUAACAUAACUUAUCUUUUAGACACUUAAACGGCAUGUUUUAUCGUACAAUUCGGAUGAUGGAGAAUGGACUAAAGCCAGUUUACGUAUUUGAUGGUAAGCCGCCGGAGAUGAAGUCAGGUGAACUGGAGAAGCGUACCGAACGUCGUGACGAAGCCCAGAAGUUGUUGGACGAAGCCAUGGAGAAGGGUGAUGCAGAGAUGAUUGAGAAGUUCGAAAGACGAUUGGUAAAAGUGACAAAAGAGCAGAAUGAACAAGUGAAACGUCUGCUUAGAGCCAUGGGAGUACCUGUAGUUGAAGCGCCUUGCGAAGCCGAAGCUCAAUGUGCUGAGUUGGUGAAGAAAAACAAGGUUUAUGGUACUGCGACAGAGGAUAUGGAUGCUUUGACGUUCGGCUCGACUGUUUUGCUAAGGCAUUUGACUUUCAGUGAGGCUAAGAAGAUACCUAUCAAGGUAGGAUAACAUAAUUUAUUUCUUGAUUUUAAAAGGUAUUUUUGAGUUUAAUAUUAUAUUUUUAGGAAUACAAUUUACCGAGGAUUCUAGAGCAACUGGAGAUAACAAACGAGCAAUUCAUCGACUUGUGUAUCUUGUUAGGAUGUGAUUAUUGCCCAUCGAUCAGAGGAAUCGGCCCGAAGAAGGCAUUCGAAUACAUAAAACAAUAUGGAACUAUUGAGAAUUUGUUGGAAAAUCUUGAUACAAAGGUAAAAAGAGAUGGAGAAUAGUGUUUUUCAUUAAAUUUGUUUAAAUUUUAGAAAUAUCCACCACCAGAAAACUGGAAAUUUGCCGAAGCUCGUGAGUUAUUCAGGAAUCCAGAAGUUGCUGAUGGGGACAACUUUAAUUUCGUUUGGAAAGAGCCGAAUCAAGACGAAAUACUUCAAAUCAUGUGUACGGAAAAUCAAUUCAAGUAGGUUUUGUACAUAAUUAGAUGGUGGAGAGGGUAAUUUAUAUAACACCUCUCUAAAUAAGGCUAGAAGGGAGUUUUACCUAUAUUUAAGUAGAUUUAAUAAUAAACUUUGUUACCUAAAAUAAUUUUUAAAAAUUUCAGCGAAGACCGAAUCAAAAGUGCAUUGGAGAGACUAAAGAAGACCAGGGAAACCUCUCAACAAGUUCGAAUCGACUCUUUCUUCACUUCGAUGGGGUCAAAAACUUCCGAGCCAUCGGCCAAAAAGCGAAAAGAAGCCGAAGAGAAGAACAAGUCCAUGAAGAAGAAGGGCGGUGUUUUCAAAAAGAAAAAAUAA